GGGAGUAAGGGGCUUGCUUACUAGAGGGAGGGGGCGGUUGCCGGCCUAUGGGCCUGGUUUUUACUGCUGUAUCGAGGGGAGCUCCCGUACAGGGCACUUUGCUUUAGUUCUUGUCAGCAUCCCAAUCAGUUGUUCUCCUUGACCAUACACUUUAUCGCCCCGUUCUCGGCGGCUUCUGCGCCGGGACGUUUGCUUCCAUCAGUGUCUCAGCUCUCCUCAGGGCUAGAGUCGUAGAAGAAGGGCUUCCCUGUCUCUCAGUUCCCGACUCCGGCCGCCAAAGUCUGUGUGCCGGGCUCACGGAGUUCGCUCUUAGGGCUUACGGAACAUUCCCCAAAUUCCGUCUUCUUCAGGAUACCGCUACCGGCGCAGUCGAAGUACGAGCGUUACUUAGGAAGCAAAGGGCUCAUUUCCGAGGGCAGCGCCGCCGCCCCCCUUCCCUGGGCUGAGCCCCUCCCCGGAGCCGCGGCGCCCGCGGCGGCGCGCCCGCUUCCGGGCGGGGUCCUUCCGCGCAGCGGGCCGCCGAGUCCCGCCCGCCGGGUCCCGCCCGAGCGCGCCGGCGCGGGUCAGGCGAACGCCACGGGCAGCCCUAGCGGGGCCCUGCCGGGCGCUCCGCCCUUCCGGCGCGGGCGGCGGCCGAGGUCAUGCCGUGAAAGGGCGCACUAAGAAAACCUGAUGCCCUGAGCACGUUACUUCUGGAGAAACGCUUGGCCUCUGCAGCUCUGUGUGGGACACUGAAAGGCAGUUGUGGACGCAGUCUGUUGGAGUCUUUGAGGGCAAGCAGUGUUUCCUGGGGCAGACAGCAGUGGAUCUCGUGGGAUGGCUGCACCGAACGGAGAUGGACGAAGUUCUGGCAUUCCUCAAACCCUGACAGCGCGAAUGUGGUGGAAUAAGUGCCGGCGCAGGUCCUGAUCCUCGUCUUCUGUCGACCCUCAGCACGUCCAGCGUCCCGUUUUCGGAAGAAAGUGUGUUGGAUUUCAAACCCUUGGGCAGGACAGGAGGAGGUGGCCUUCUCGGUUGCUGUCAUGGACAUGGCGUCCUGGGGUAUAGUGCCUUCUCCAUCAAGGACGUCCCAGGCGGCCACGUUCUCUGUUGACUCGGAAAGCCCGUCUGGAGCAUUCCAGGGACAGGCACCGCUCCCACGGGAGCCCCCUUCCAGAGCUGGAUGAGGGAAGCCCGUCCCUACCCAGAGGAUCACGGCCAAAAGCCGCCCUGACCCGAACCCGUGCGUGGAGGUGGAGCUGGUGAUGGUCCCCUCCACCUCGGCUCCCUGCUCUGCCACGCAAGGGCCUGCCAAGUGGCGCAGCAAGGCCACAGGGAUUGCAAGGGCGGUCCUCAGCCUGGCUUGGCAUCUGGCAGGUGCCCUUGUCUCCCUGUGGAGACACCUGCUGAACACACGCAUCUUUGCCAGGCAAAAGAUGGGCCCGCAGAGCAAGAGGUUCUUGAAAGUCGUCUUCCUGUGGCUCCCAGUGGCUCUGGCUGGUGCUUACUGCGCGACCUCGCUGCCGGUGUGGACAACGCAGGCAAAGGGACUGAUAGAGGAGCUGACACGCGUGUCGUCGGCAAACCUGAAGAUGCUGUGGAACUUGCCCGUUUUGGUGGCGGAGGAAACCCAAAAGACACGCUCUCUGCUGGAGGAGGUGGCUCAGCUGAGGGCACAGAUCCGCAGUUUGAAGGAAGCUCAGGAAGUGAACCAGGCAGCGUCCAAGAAGGCUUUGGGUGCCUACAUCGAGAUGUCUGACUGGGCCCUGGAAAGCUCUGGUGCCACCAUUGACACGCAGAGAACUUCCGAGACCUACGACUGCCAAGAGAAUUGGGGCUGCAGGGUUUUAUGGUUCUUCCACGCUGCCAAGCCUCCUGAGACUAUUUUGCAGGCGGAUGUUUCCCCAGGAAACUGCUGGCCUUUCCAAGGGCAUCAGGGCCAGGUGGUCAUCAGGUUGCCAGCACGAGUCCAUCUGACUGCCAUAACUGUGCAGCACAUCUCCAAAGACGUGUCUCCAUCUGGGACCGUCCUCAGCGCCCCCAGAGACAUCGCUGUCUUUGGAGUGGAUGCGGACGGAGAAGAGGAAACUCUCCUUGGGACGUUCACGUACGACGUGGCAAAAGAGUCUAUUCAGACCUUCCCUCUGAAGAACGCGCCGCUUCCCAGAGCCUUUCCGUCUGUCAAACUGCUUGUGGAGAGCAACUGGGGAAACCCAGCGUACACCUGCAUUUAUCGAGUGCAGGUUCAUGGGAAGAUGGCGCAACCAGAGAGCCCCAGGUGAAACCAGAGAGGAAAAAAAGUCCAACAUGAGAAAGAAGAAGAAGGGGAGGAAGAACAAAUAAAUCUAAAAGAUGUGGCAAUUGA